AUGAGUAGUUUAUCAAUAAGAGGAUUAUCUACAAAUGAAAUAUCUCGUCCGGGUACUUUAACACCGACUUUAAACGUCGAUUCCACGAGUUUUAAUUCUCUACCUAAUAAUAAUAAUAAUAAUAAUAAUGAACUUUGCGAUUCGGUAUCAGAUAUUGACAAACGCAUUUGGUAA